AGGGAUCCAAUAUCACCGACACCUGCACUGAGAUGCUAAUGUGUGGCAUCUUGCUGAAAAUUUCUUCUGAAAGUAUUCAAGAAUGGGUGUUUUUUUUCUUUUUGAAAAUCUUCUGGUGUAUUGCAAAAGGAAACACAGAUGAUGGAAAUGAAGCCACAUUGAAGUCAUGUCCAAGUUUGCCCAGCUCGUUAUUACGAAGCUGGGACUGGAGUGAGGUUUCCUUGGUGACCAUAGCCAUACCUCGAGCCAUGGAGCAGCGGUUCCAUAUGGAUUUUAAAUCUAUAGGGACCAACUGGAGAGCAGUGAAGAAGCUGACUUCCAUAGCAGUGGACACAUUGAUGUCAAUGGAUGGAAGAUACAUGACACAGCGAAAGAUAAAUGGUUUGUGUGUAUGGCAAAAACACCCGAGGAGAAACAUGAAUGGUUUGAACCUUUUUGAAAGAAAGAGAACAGCAAAAAGGCUUAAAAUUAGGAAUGGAGCAAGACACCUGGGUAAUGAUCUCUGAACAAGGCUAGAAACUCUACAAGAUGAUGUGCAAACAAGGGAAUCUGACCAAAGACAGAAAAAGGAAACUGACCACAUUUCCUAAAUGCUUCCUUGGAAGUGAAUUUGUGUCAUGGCUCUUGGAAAUUGGAGAGAUUCACAGGCCUGAGGAAGGUGUACACUUAAGACAAGCAUUAUGAGAAAAUGGAAUCAUCCAUCAUGCAAUGGAGGAACUCUCGCUGCUAAAAGCCACCUGAGUGAGCUCAAAAGCAGAUUCUCCCCCCAACAAGCCUGGAGAUGACUGAAGAUCCAGAUGACAUCGUGACUGCAGCCUUGUGAGGGAUCCUGAGCCACAGGACCACCAUGAAUGGGAAGGGGCCUUCAAAGAAGCAAGAGGAGAACAUCUCUUCCAAGCCUGUCACAUGUCAAUAUCCAAACACUCCAGUCACUUCUACCCCCUUGGCAGUCCCAUGGCUUCCAUCAGGACACAGAUACAUUCAUGGACAGGUUUUGGAGCAAACGUGUCCAAUAUACUGACUCACCUCCCCUACCCCAACUCCUGUCAGCUCCUGCUGCCAUGCUGGUUUGCGUUGGAGACUCAGGUGCACCUCCCCCACCCCUAGUCCCUUCAGCUCCUGUUGCCAAGCACUGGUUUGCAUUGGAGUCGGAACCCUCGGAGGGGUUCCAAGCAGUUACUAGUGUCCCAGAGGACCCUGGUGAUCGGAGACAAAGCCACAAGGCUCUUUGGAGCCAGCUGGUGGCCAUCCAAAUGUCUCCCCACACAGUUCUGGAGCCGCUGUGGGCUACUGGGUUGCUGAUAUACAAAUGUUUACCCCAUGUGCCACGAGUCUCUGGGUUUUGGUGGGAGAUGCUGGUGUGCACUGUCAUGGUGUUGUUCCUUGUAAGGAGUGGACUCAGCCUAAGAAGAAGAAAGGGGCAGUGUUCCCAGAAUGAAGUAUCUGGAAAAGGCAUGGAGAUGACCGAACCAGACGCACAAGCCUGUGGAGCCGUCGCAUCCUCUGAGCAGAAGGCCAGUCCUCUCCCAUUACAGAUUCUUGCUCUGGCUGUCCUGAAUCAAGAUGCUGGGUAUUUUUCCAUGGAGAAUGCUGAACAACUGCUGAAGGGAGUUGGGGACAGGCUGUUGAAGAGCCCUCAGCAGUUGCCUGGUGAAAAUCCCAUUUCUGGAUCAGCCCAGGAAGGUGGAGAACCCCUUGCGAGGAAAAUAGCAGGAGGCUUCAAAGACAGCCCUGGUCCGCAGGGAAGUGCAGAGCCAGGGGUCCAGGACAUUGGCAGCUGUGGACAGAGAGUGCAGGAAGAGGCAGGGGAGGCAGGCGGGCCGAGCUUCCUCAUAUAGGAGUGCGGGGGUAAAGGCCUGGACAAACCUCACCCCAUCCAAAACUUGUUUAUGCCCAAAAGUGUUAUCAACCAGCUACUUUUGCUUCUGUAAAAGUGCUUGCUCAACGCGCGGGCUAACUAGCUACUUUUGCUUCUGUUCGAAUGCUUGCUUGAUGGUGCCCACGGCCUCCCAACACCAAUCAACCAACACCAGGUAUGAUUUCUUUAAACAUGUUUGUACCCCACCCAAAACUUGUUUGUACCUGCUUAUAAAAACACUUCAGUUACUCUGCUUGGGACUUCUCAGUGUCACUGGCAACGAGUGCGCAGAGGUCCAGGUUUGAACUCGCAAUAAACACCCUUGCUGUUUGGCUUUGA